AUGGCUACAACGAUCUCCACAGAGACAUGGGUGCCAAAUAAUGAAACCUGCAAAAGCUCAGUCGAUUUGCAACAUUACCUACACUAUUCGCUUGUUCCAUCAGUGGUCAUCAUAAUAGUGCUCUCAUGGCUUGAGAAAAGACCUAGGGGAAGGUUGAUCAGCGAAAGAUGGCCCCUUCUCAAGAGACAGUGUGGGAUUGUAAUACCCCUGGAUUUUGUAGGGGCAUUCCACAAUCGGUGGUCGUUGGCUUUUGCCUUUGGAGCUUUGGCCAACAAAGUAAUGAUCAUGUUUUCAAAACGAUUUCUCCCUGUGCAAGUUCCCCAAUGGGCUCGAGCUGUUGUGAUUCUUGUCUGUGCCGUGGAAGUCGGCCUUUCUUCCUACCCAUUCUUCGCCUGCCUUUCAACACGUUUCCAGAUCACAGGAGCCACGCUUGGAUUCCUUUAUACAGCGUCUUGGCUUGCAAUCAUAAUGCUGAACAUUGCACAGUGCCCACAUGGACAAGUAGUGGGGGGAUAUGAAAACAUCAUAUUCUACUGGCCUUCCUUGCUCUGCUUGGUUUUCCUGCUAGGCAGAUUUAUGCAUAUAUUGGUGAAAGCUUCAAGGGUCUGUCUCCAGCUGGACCUUACAAGAGAGGAAAUGCCAUUCCCAGAAGUUCAUCAAGUUAAUCAUGUCCAGCAACUGAUAGGGAAGCCCCCAAGGCAGCUUCAGAAAUCCUGGAUUCAGCGGAAGGUGUAUGAGUGGGACCCUUACUUUCGAUUCCCCAGCCGAAUGAUCUGCAUGGCUGUACUUGCCCUAAUCUGCCUAUACAUGUUUGUUGUGUUUGAAUUUUACUUUAUGAAGAGUUUAAUACAAACAUUGUACACUCUGGAGGAGAAUUUUGAGAUGCUGGUAGCUGCCAGAAACACAUCAGAAGUACUUGUAUCAGCCGUCCAGUAUUUCAAAGAGUUUAUUGACUUCACAGAAGAUGUCUGGUUUGCCUCCACCUUCACUGCCUGCCUUACCAGCGUCAGCUAUGUGUUCCACAUUUUGGCCUGCUACAGAAAACACAUGAAGCGACUGUGGGCAGGCGAGAAGCAAUUCCUUCCGCUGAGCACUUGCAAACUUUCUCACAGCGUGGCGGCAGUGGCAAGAUACUCGGGUUGGCAAAUUGCAUACCUUGUAUGGGGAUACCUGAUCAUCCACAUCGUGCAGUGGGUCUUUGGAAUGGCGCUCGUGUACAUUUUGAUUUUACCCAUAAAACAUGGCCAAGGGAAAGAAGUGGCGAAAAGUUUGGGAACUGGGAUCCUCACAGUCGCCAUUGUGAUAGGACUCUUGGUGCUCCAGAUUGUGACUGCUACCAGGUUCUUUCUUCAGCCAAAGAUUUUAGCGAAUGACAAGGAAAAGCCGUUGGCUCUUGACAACAGGAAAGCAUUUCACAAUUUCAACUACUUCUUUUUCUUCUAUAAUGUGUUACUGGGUCUGAGCACCUGCUUGGUCAGGCUGUUUUGCAGUGUUCUUGUGGGAACCUGGCUGAUUGCUCGCAUAGACAGGACAAUCAUGCCCAAAGGAUAUGAAGCAGCCGAUAUGGGGUUCAGGACCUGGAUUGGAAUGCUACUGAUGGAUCACUAUCACACCAAUCCCACUCUUGUCUGCUUUUGCUACAUCCUUGUGGCCCAAAACAGAGUGCAGCAUCAACAGGAAACCACAAGUUACCGCAGCUUCAGAAAUGAAUCAGUUUUUAGGGUGUCAAAGAAAGCCAGGACAAGAUGGCUGCUAUGGUACACACUCCUAAAUAAUCCCAGCCUCUCAGCAUUCAGGAAACCAAAAUAA